GCGGAAACUGACGUUGCUGUGGUAGGAGAUAGUUGCUGUUAGAUGUUGGAGCUCCUCACAGUCCGGUUGAACUUUAGACCGUUCAUAAAGCAUCAUAUAAUGUCAGUCAGAGUUCAAUUACCACGGGCUGUAACAAUAACCUGUUAUAACACCAACUGCCAAGACACAGUUCACAAACGUGAAGCUACGUCACGGCUCUGAGGUCUGCUCUCAUUCAACUAAGGAUGGACAGGAAGCAGUGUUGUGUGAAGCUGUCGGUCCAGCCAUCCAGAGGGCUUGUGGAUGAGAAGUUUAUCAUCUUGGUCCAGAAAGUCUUUCCUGGUUUCCAGCUGACCAUCCAGGCCCUCCACACCUGUGAAGAUGGACACAGCUGGGAGGCGUUUGCUCACUACACCGCCAAUGCUACUGGGACUGUAAAUGUUUCAGAAGAUCCCAGUCUGGGCGGGACAUAUUCUGGAGUUGAACCGAUGGGUCUACUCUGGAGCCUCAGACCAGUUCCAGGCAGUAAACCUGGGCUCCGGAUGAGGAAGAUCAAUGUCCAGACUCCCAUGGUGGUCAAAAUCUCUGUGUACCAGGGUCAUCAGACUGAGGGCUUGGUGGAUCAGGUGCCACUGGCUGGUGUGGUGGUGGAGCGCUGGUACAUGGCACCUGGUGUCGCCAGGAUCCCGAUCACAGAGGAUGGACUCACUGCGACCCUUUUCCUCCCCUCAGGACCAGGACCUUUCCCUGGCGUCCUGGACCUGUGGGGGGGUGGAGGAAAGUUGGUGGAGUACCGCGCAGCACUGCUGGCCUCCCACGGCAUCGCUGCCAUGGCCCUCGACUACCUGACACCUAAAGUGGUCAGGGAAACUGGGAAGAUGGUGGACAACACAUACUUUGAGAAGGCCUAUGGAGUCCUGGAGCGGCAUCCUCAGAUCUUCGGCAGCAGGAUCGCCAUGUUGGGUCUUUCCUUUGGCACCUCUGUCACCCUCAGAAUGGCUGUUUACUCCAAAGUUAUGAAGCUCAGGUGUGCAGUGUGCAUUAAUGGGAGCCAUGUGCAGCCGGUUGAUGGAUCUUUGGAGCAAAUAUUCAGUUACUUAAAUGAAGGUGCUGCAAAGACUCAGGUCACCAAGGAGAACCAUGUAAUCUGGAGAAAUCUAGUGCUGCCCAUCCCCACAGACCCCUCACUCAAAGUGGAUGUGGGAAGACUCCAGAUUCCUCUGUUGCUGGUUGUAGGUGAGGACGAUCAGAACUGGGCCGCCCAAGAAUCUGCACUGGAUAUGAAGGAGAUGAUGGAGCGGGCCGGGAACAGUCACCUGCUGACUGUCCUGUCGUACCCAAACACCGGUCACCUGAUUGAACCUCCGUUCACGCCGUUUGCCCGAUUCAGCAACUUCCGAUCAGCUGGAUCAUCUGCGAUGGUGAUGGCUCUGUGGGGUGGAGAGGUGGUGGCACAUUCUCGUGCUCAGGAAGACGCCUGGAGGAAGAUGCUGAACUUUCUGAAGGAGAAUUUGUAUGGCUGCACAGAUUCCCACUGAGGAUUAUAAUCGCUAAGUUCAGGUGCCUCUGGUUUAGGAAGUAAAAGCACCAUUGAUUUUUCCCAUACAUAAUGUGACUUGACUUAAAAUUAACAAUUUUUAUGGUGAAAUCAUCAGAACAAAAGAUGAAUUACUGUGCUAGAAAGUAUCUGGUAUAAAGUAUAAUAAUAGUAAUCAUGAUUAAAAACAAGGCAGCUUUCACAGAGGCAAAAUUAAAAAAAAUGUACAUUAAAAAAAAAAGAAAAUGACAUUUACAAACAACAAGCAAUUAAAGGGAAACAGAAUAGACAACUUAUAUGAAAUAAGAUUUUAAAUAUGAUACAAUAAAUACAAGUAAAUGUAACAGUCCAGAAAUAAAGUGAGUGCAUUGAAAAGUUGUAACUUGCACCAAUUGCAAAAAUGUCUUUACAUAGAACAAAAUAACUGAAGAAACAAAAUAACAUACAUAUGUAUUUCAUACAUUCAUCAAUCUAUCUGCAUACACGCCUACUAUGAAUAGCCGCAUGCAAACAAAUUUACUAAGCCUUUUGAUAAAAAUACAUUUUCAGAAGUGAUUCAAACACAUUCUGAUUCAUAUACUUGAGAGAUUUUAUGGCUGAUUUCCAGAGGAUAGCCCUACACACGGGUGUGUAUGUGACCUGCUGAAUGAGUGGAUCUACUUCUACAUUUGCAGAACGAGCCUGUUUUCAAACAAGUCAGGCAGACCUGAGUGUUUUGUCUUACAUCUCAGUGGGGAUUGACACAUUUGAUUGAAUGAAAUCCUAUUUGAUCCGUGUCUUGGUAUUAAAAUUAUUCACAUAACAGACUGUACAAUUUACUAUUCCUGUAAACACACAAUAUCAAACAAAUCACAUUGACCCAACAUGGUCAGCCAUAUACUAGAUUUUGACCUAGUCUUGUUUCAUGAUAAAUUACUUAAAUCAUUAAUCAAUUAUCAAAAUGCAUUUUCUGUGGCGUGAUUCAUAAAGACAUAGAUCUGUUCCAGAAAACUUUUUAUAUUCUGCAUAUUGUACCAUUAUUAAAUGAAUAAAAUCCAAAAUGAAAAAAGGUGUUUGGG